UCAAACAGAAUGACCGUUGUGUUUUCGAGCGACGGCAGUUACCAAAAUACAGGAUUUCAUGCUUCUUAUUAUACUGUCUUCGUAGAUACUACUACUCCUCCAACAUGGCUGACUUCAACAGACUCAUCGACGUCUGGCUAUUACCACUGUGGCGGCCACCUCUCAGGUUCUUCUGGGACGUUCUCUAGUCCAAACUAUCCUCAUUACUAUCCAAACAAUGCACGAUGCAUCUGGGAAAUACAAGUGCAAUAUAACGGUUACGUACAUGUCCAGUUUGACCAUGUUGCACUGCAGCCGCACAGUAACUGUGCUUAUGAUUUUAUUGAAAUCUAUGCACAACAGCCAUAUACAUCGACUUUGCUGGGAAGAAUAUGUACUGGUGGCUAUCAAGCAUUUACAUCCUCUUCAAACAGAAUGACCGUUGUGUUUUCGAGCGAUGGCAGUUACCAAAAUACAGGAUUUUAUGCUACUUAUUAUUCUGUCUUCGGAGCUGAAAUAACCCGUGCUUGGUCUGAAGCCUCAAAGUGA